AUGUCGGGCAGGUCUGGCGCGUCGGGCAGCGUACGCUCGUGCGGCGGCUCCGUGCGGCUGGCGGGCGCGGGCGGCGCUGGCGGGCACGAGCUCGUGCUGGACGCGCUCUACGAGCGGAAGCGCGACAAAAAGAGCGUGCGCGUGCUCACCGUCAUCAUAUACGUGUUCUGCGUCUCCCUCGCCGCGAUCAUGCUCUCCCUCUACUACGUGUUCUUCUGGGAACCGAAGGACGCGCAAUAUGCGCAACGAAAGGUGGCUCACACAGUAGAGAAGCAAACCAGCACCACACCAAUGCCCACAUGCUUAAUGCCCUACACCGGAAGCAAUACCACAAUGAAUGAGACCUCCACUCAGCAAACCCUCGGAAAUAUCACUGACGAUGGUUUCUGGAUUGGCAAUGACACCAGCAAGUUUGCGCAGUUAUCCAACUUCUCCGAUGACCUGGAUGCCAGUGCGCAGGUGCCAGUGAACGCUACUCCCGGUGCCGAAGAUUUCCUCAACAUCACCGGGACUAUUACAUGA